AUGGCUACCACCACCACCAACGCUCUCGGUGCCUCAAGUUCAGGUACUGCAAAUGAAAAGGAUGCUUUACCAAUCGAGUCUACCAAUGGAGCUGCUCCCCUUCCAAGCUUAGAGACUAAACCUGAACAGACUGAUGUAAAAUCUCGGGUAGAUGCCAUGUGGGAGCAAAUGAAUAAAGGAGUAUCUAAUAAGAAAUUCAAGGAUUUAUUAAAGAAGUCUUCAACUGUGAAUAAAAAUCCAAAGAAGGCAUCUGAUAACUGGAAGGCAUAUCUGGGCCUGGCACCAAAGAAGGCAGAGUCACCAAAAGAAAAUGCACCACAGAAGGGAUCAAAUGUCACGCAGAACAGCUCUAAUGAUGAUGUCGUGCAGGACAGCUCUAGUGACAAGGCCAGGAGGCUUGCUGCUGCUGCUCUUGUAGAAGUUAAGGAUGCUGCAGCUGCAGCAUCAGGCAGAGGGAAAGUUGAGAUCACAGAGGUUCGGGAUUUUGCCGGUCAAGAAAUUGAAUAUAAGAAGCUUGUUGAUGCUGAUUCAAAGGAAGCAUCUGAAAAGGCAAAAGCUCCAGCAGCUUCAGCUGUGGAUGCAGUGCUCGAACAGAUUAAGAAGAAACAAAAGCUCAGUGUGCUUGACAAAACAAAAAAGGACUGGGGGGAGUUUAAGGAGGAAAAAGGGUUGGAUGAGGAGUUGGAUGCUUACAAGAAGAGUUCAAACCAAUAUUUAGAUAAGGUAAACUUCUUGCAGAGAGCAGAUUUCCGGGAGUUCGAACGGGAGAGGGAUGCACGGCUAGCCUUGCAGUCCAAAAGGAGGCCAGAUAUGCGGGAGGAUCCAUAA